GGGCGCGGAGCGCAGGAGCCGCCGCCUGCCGGAUCCGAGGGCAGCACGCGUCCCGGGAGCGCCCCCGCCUCCUCCCCGGGCCGCCGCAGCCUCGGUGAGCCGGUUUCCCCCUCCGGCCGGCAGGCUGGGCGCGCAGGGGCGCGGGCCCCCGCCCGGCGCGCACAGGCACCAUGGGCACGGUGCUGUCGCUGUCCCCCAGCUACCGGAAGGCCACGCUGUUUGAGGAUGGCGCGGCCACGGUGGGCCACUACACGGCCGUGCAGAACAGCAAGAACGCCAAGGACAAGAACCUGAAGCGGCACUCCAUCAUUUCCGUGCUGCCUUGGAAGAGGAUCGUGGCCGUGUCGGCCAAGAAGAAGAACUCCAAGAAGGUGCAGCCCAACAGCAGCUACCAGAACAACAUCACGCACCUCAACAAUGAGAACCUGAAGAAGUCGCUGUCGUGCGCCAACCUGUCCACAUUCGCCCAGCCUCCACCGGCCCAGCCGCCCGCACCCCCGGCCAGCCAGCUCUCGGGCUCCCAGACCGGGGUCUCCUCGGUCAAGAAGGCCCCGCACCCCGCCGUCACCUCCGCAGGGACACCCAAACGGGUCAUCGUCCAGGCGUCCACCAGCGAGCUGCUGCGUUGCCUGGGCGAGUUUCUCUGCCGCCGGUGCUACCGCCUGAAGCACCUGUCCCCCACGGACCCCGUGCUCUGGCUGCGCAGUGUGGACCGCUCGUUGCUUCUGCAGGGCUGGCAGGACCAGGGCUUCAUCACGCCGGCCAACGUGGUCUUCCUCUACAUGCUCUGCAGGGAUGUUAUCUCCUCCGAGGUGGGCUCCGACCACGAGCUCCAGGCCGUCCUGCUCACCUGCCUGUACCUCUCCUACUCCUACAUGGGCAACGAGAUCUCUUACCCGCUCAAGCCCUUCCUGGUGGAGAGCUGCAAGGAGGCCUUUUGGGACCGUUGCCUCUCUGUCAUCAACCUCAUGAGCUCCAAGAUGCUGCAGAUCAACGCGGACCCGCACUACUUCACACAGGUGUUCUCCGACCUGAAGAAUGAGAGCGGCCAGGAGGACAAGAAGCGGCUCCUUCUAGGGCUGGAUCGGUGAGCCCUGUAGCCCGCGCCAUGGCUCAAGGAUUCAAUGCAUUUUUAAAAAUUUAUUAUUAAACAGAUCAGUUUUGUGUACAGUAUGUGUCUAGCAAAGCCACCAAGGGCCUCUCCACACCCACGUUAAUCUCCUUGGGGUUUUUUUCAGCCCUGUCAAGAACUCUGGGCACUUUUGAACUCACAGACCUUGUGCAAAACCCAGAAGACGCAUUCAGAACCACCGAGGCCACUGACCUCUCACUUGGGGGAACGACUGAUGUGCCCGUGGCCUGCGCCCUUGCUGGAUCCGGGGUGGGCAAGGCUGCUGCUGCCCCUGGAGGGGCUACAGCGGGGCCUCGGGCUGCUUGGCCCGGGGAAGGACUGAGGUUUCUGCAUGGAGGCCCUUUUCCGGCUUCAGCUUUGGGUCGGUCACUCUCCCAGAGGCUCCUGGAGCCAGCCGCCCGGACUGAGCCACAGGUGGGAUUGGGAGGCAAGGUCCCGAUGGCCUGGGACGUCUUCAGUCGAGGCGAGGCAAAGCCAGCCUAGUGCAAAGAUUGUGUCUGGUCUUUUGACCAUGCAUGGUCCUGGCUUGCUGUUUGCUUUUUUAGGGAGAAGGAAUUUUCCUUUAGUGGAGAAAUGGAACUCACCCCCUCCCCCUUGCCUGCUGCUCCCAGCCGUGUUGGUAGUGUUGGCUAAUGAGCUGGUUUGACUCAUUAAAUUCUCUCAUUUUGGGUCCCAGCUAAAGGGGUGGGGUGACGCUGGGGACAGCUCCUUUCCUGGGAGAAUUUUUCGUUUGGAUAUUGCAGUAUAGUCACCCUGUGGCAAAUGAUGGGACAUCUGCAGGUGCCAGUCAGCAACAGCCUGCCUUCUGGGCAGGUGUGUGUGUGGGGUGGUGCCGUGCCUGAGACCAAGCCAAUGCCCACCUAAGGGCUGAGGCCUCUUGCUGGUGCACAUGACAUUUGUCCUGCAGAGCCGGGGGUGGGGGAGGUGAUGUCAGGGAUUGGGGUGAUGUGGUAAUGGUGUACCCCCACCCCCACCCCCACCCAUUAAUUUAAAGCUGUUUCCAAACAGUUCAGUUUCUUCUGGAGAGGGAGCCUGGCCUCGCAAAGCCAGCGAGACAGCUGGAUCUUGGAGACAAUUAAAAGGUGGGAGUGCAACUCCCGAUUGCUUUGGAAGCCUGCUGAUUCUACAGCUGAUCAUCUGCAGCUGCUGGUUUUGGUUCCUACCGUACCCUAGUGGCUGUAAAAACACACGGUGUGUACUUUGUCAAUUUUCUUUCUAAUUCUCCCACAUUUGGUGGCUUGGGACUUGGGAGAGGACCAAGAGAAGGGAGCACAUGUUCUUCCGCGGUCCGCGGCUACGGCUUUGGAGAACAAAGGCCAACGUGAGGACGCCACAGAGGAUUCUGUCUUCUAGCCCCAGGCCCCCCGAGCAGGGCUGGGAUGCGGGACUGGGGGGCAGAGUGUCAUUUGACAUAGGAUUAGGCUCCAGGUGGCUGCCGAUGUCAGCACAAGCACUACUGAUAUUCACAUACAAAAGAGAAAGCUGUGAAAUUGAGGGCCGGAUUCCAGAGGCCUGGAGCAGAACCUUCCGGCCCGUGCUGUUUCCAGAGGUGGGGAAGAGGCCUGCUUGGCUGCCUGACCUUGGAGGGCCAGCUCAGGCGAUCCUGGGACUGUCGGGUCACCUCCUCUCUGCCGGUUUCCACACAGGCUGCUGAUCCUGCUGCCACUCGCCUGCGACCUGAGGUGGGAGACCCCUGGUGGCUUGGAAGAGGGAGGGUCGGCGCCAAGUCCCAGGAGGAGGGCGCAUGUUUGUAGUCACCUUUGGCUGGCUGGACCUGGCCUGGAGCUGUGCGGUUAAGUUGCAGCCACGGGAUUCCAGUUUUGUGUCUGUUUCCUUCUCUUUCUCCGUAUUUUUUUUUUUUUUAAUUUUUUGGAAGAGGUGCACCUUUCAGGAGUCGUUGGGGACUUAAGGAAACAGCUCUCUGGUCCCCGCCCGCAGUGUGAAGCCUGUCGUGUCUCCUCUCUCCCCUUGCACUGGUCAUCGGUAUUGUGUAAAGGAACAACUGAUAUACUUGAGUGUGCAAGCAACGAACCCAUGUGACAUGCUGCUAUGAAGACUACUUUUAGAACAACAACAAAAAAAAACACAAAAACUAAUCUACAAAAAAACCGUUAUUCUUUAAUUGUUGCUUUUCCAGUGAUAUUGUGCAUGCAAACCAGGAGCAUUUUGUGUCUUAAGAAAAAUAAUCUUAGAACAGAUGGCUGUGAAAAUUACACCCAUGCACAGAACAAGCCACAGGAAUAAUAGUUCAGGAUUUGGUUUUUCUCUUUUAAUUGUAAACCUGAAGGGUUGAUAUAUCCUUUCCAUGCAGUUAUUAGAAUUUAGUUCUGUUCCAACAGUUGUUAAAACUUGCAAUGAAAAGAAAAUGUGCCAUUUUUUUCACUCAGAAUUAUUCAUAGCUGUAUAUUUGAAACUGCUAAUUACACAUGUGUGCUGUUUGUUGGUUUUUUUAGUGCAAUUUCUUCUGUAGCUAUUCUUUGACCAAACUGUGGGUAUUGUUAAUAUUAAUUUAUAUUUGUCUCAUUUUGUAUGUAUGUGUAGUGUGUGAGUAUGUGUGGUUUAUAAUCUGACAAAGUCAUGAAGCUCAGUUUGGCUGUAAUUUAAUUCCCCUUCCCUUAUUUUUAUUUAUUUUUGUACUGUGCUGAUUCAAUAAAAUGCACUGACCAUCCAUUA